UGAUCCUGCCAGCGUCCAGCAUGGAAGAGGCCACCGGCUGCGGAGGGUUCAGUCUCAUCCACCUGGUGGCCACCGGUGUCUCAUGCUUCCUAGGCUCUGGACUCCUGACCUUGGCAGUGUAUCUGUCUUGCCAGCACUGCCAGCGCCAGUCCCAAGAGUCCACGUUGGUCCAUCCCGCCACCCCCAACCACCUGCACUACAAGAGUGGAGGCACGCCCAAGAACGAGAAGUACACACCCAUGGAGUUCAAGACGCUGAACAAGAAUAACCUGAUCCCCGAUGACAGAGCCAACUUCUACCCACUGCAGCAGACCAAUGUGUACACAACCACCUAUUACCCAAGCCCCCUGAACAAACACAGCUUCCGGCCCGAGGCCUCACCUGGACAACGGUGCUUCCCCAACAGCUGAUACCACCAUCCUGGGGACUCGAGCUCCUUGCCUUCCUAAGGCACAGAGCAGGUGGAGAUGGGACAGUGGAGCCAGUUUGGUUUUCUCCCUCUAGGCCAAUAAUUUGCUGCCUUGUCUGUGGGGGUCCCAUCCUGCUUCAGAGAGCCUUGUGUGGCAUUGACCAUGGGGGAGAGGGCUGGCUUCAGGCUGACACAUGGCUGCAGGUCCAGUUCAACCCAGGUCUCUCAUGGCUGCCUUGUGACCCACCAUGACACUGACCAUCCCCUGCCAUGUCUGGGCUGCAGACCUACUGGGCAUGUGAGGAACUGGAGAGUGGAGGUGGCAGGAGGGCAGGUUCUUAGUUUGGGUUGGAAAUAACUUCUUGUGGCCAUCGUUAGCCAAUGCUGGCCCUCUGGCUGGUCCCAAGAAAACCUGGGGCUACAUCCUGAUUAUCUCCAAAAGGAACUAAACAAAUGGCCCCAGUAGCUGUGGAUUCUCUGCCCAGGGCUGGGCCAUUGUGGUGCUGCCCCAGUGUGACAGGGUACCAGGGCCAGGCCAGGUUGUCCACCUCUGCCUAGCAGUCUGUGCUUCACCCAGGGCCAUCCCUCUGGGCAGAGGCAGUGAGGGCUGGGGACUGGAGGCUGAUCUUCGCUGAGAAGCCCUUUCAUCUGGGCUGGCAUAAGCCUCAGCCUUGCCCUCGAUUCAUGAUAGUGGCCAUGAGAAAGGGAGGCUACAGACCAUGGGAAGCAGGAGUCUGGCCUCCGAGCCUCUCUGGAAACUCUUGUAGUUGCUGCUCAACAAAGUCGUUGGCCGAGACCUGCUUGGGAGUCUGAGCUAGCCCCUCAUCUGUUCAGGAACACACACACACACACACACACACACACACACACACACACACACACACACACAAAACAUUUGCUACAGCAACAGAAAAGAUGUUGGCCUAUGGCAUUAUUAAUUAAAGAUGAUAUCCAGUCUCCAGUG